AUGACGGUUGAGUGGAUUCAGGAGGCAGCAGUGAUGGGGAGGGAGGGCCUGCAGAAUGGAGUGCUGGCUGGCACCCUGAGCCAUGUGAAGCUGGGGGGCAAAGGCUGCGGCCAGGACCCGGGACCCAGAGAAGGGGAACAGGGGGAGGGAAGCCGGUGGCGAGUCCACCUGAAAGGCUGGCAGGUUUCAUUUCCAGAAUCAAGGAGAUGUGUUUUCCUUGCAGAGGAGAAUGGAGCCCAGCCAGGACCACAGAGCAGCGAAGAAAUGCUCUACUGUGAGGCCGAACCACCCCCGCCUGUUGAUAAAGAGAAACCGGCCCAGGAGAGCUCAGAAACAGACCUCGAGAUCGAAGAUGCUGAGAGAUUGUUCACCACCGGACAAAGGGAGCUGUACACGGAGGCCUGCAAGCUGGUGGGCGUGGUACCCGUGUCCUACUUCCUCCGGAACAUGGAGGAGGCCUUCCUGAACCUCAACCACCAUGGUCUGGGCCCCAACGGUACCAAGGCUAUUGCUAUAGCCCUGGUGUCCAACACGACUGUGAUCUCCCUGGAGCUGGAAGACAAUUGUAUCAUGGAGGAGGGCGUCCUGAGCCUGGUGGAGAUGCUACAAGAGAACUACUACCUCCAGGAGCUGAAUAUUUCCAACAAUGACCUUGGUUUCGAGGGAGCCAGAAUCAUCUCACGGUUUCUCCAGAGAAAUUCCUCUUCGCUCUUGAACCUUCAACUCUCAGGAAAUGGCUUCAGGGACGAAUCGGCAGAACUGCUGUGCGCGGCCCUGUCGGCCAAUUACCGAAUUCGGGAUAUGGACCUCAGUCACAACCAGUUCUCCGACAAGGGAGGGGAGUUCCUGGGACAGAUGCUGGCCCUCAACGUAGGCCUCGUGUCGCUGGAUCUGAGCUGGAAUCACUUCUGCUCACGGGCAGCAGUGGCCUUGUGCAGCGGCCUCCGGUCUAACGUGACCCUGAAGACCCUGGACCUCUCCAUGAAUGGCUUUGGGAAUGAGGGGGCUGCGGCCUUCGGGGAGGCCCUCAGACUCAACGGCUCCCUGGCCUACGUGGACAUCAGUGCCAAUAACAUCAGCAAUGAGGGGAUCUCCAAGAUCGGCAGGGGGCUGGAGAUGAAUGAGAGCAUCAAAGUCCUGAAGCUGUUCCUGAACCCCAUGAGCAUAGACGGGGCUAUCAUCCUCAUCAUGUGCAUCAAGAGGAACCCCAGGUCCAGGAUGGAAAAGCUCGACAUUUCCAACGUGAUGGUGUCCGAGCAGUUUGUGAAAAUAUUGGACGGGGUGUACGCCGUGCACCCCCAGCUGGACGUGACCUACAAGGCAGUCCAAGGCCUCUCUGUCAAGAGCACCUUCUUCCUGCAGACGAACCCCAUGAAACUGAUCCAGAGCUAUGCGGACCAGAACAAAAUCACGAUCUUGGACUUCUUCAAGAGCUUGAACCCCACUGGGACCAUAAGGAUGUCGAUGGGCGAAUUCUGGAAAGUCAUGAUACAGCAGAACAAGGUCCCCCUAAACCGGUUCCAGCUCAGGGAGCUAACAAAGCGGCUGGAUAACAAGAAAGGCAUGGUGGACUUCAGUCAGCCCACCCUGGAGCGGGGCAAGACCACAGAGGAGACCACGUGGGGAGGACUGCCCAAGGCAGCGCCCUCUGGCGAUGGCCUAAUGUGCACUUACUCAGCCUGCCAGGUGAGGAGGACUCUGCGGCAGGAGGACCCCGCGACUGCCCUGACGGUGAACAGGCCUUCCCUGGGCUUCAGCCAGGGGGAGCCGGGGUUCCAGGGGAAGAGAAAGAACAGCCCCGACCUCCACAGGCGGCAGGCUGCCUCUUCCACAGAUGGGGUCGUGGGGAGCUGGAACUCGCCGCUGGAGGAGGCUGUGGUAUGA